AUCGUGUCUCUGCAGCAUGUGAUUGGUCACUUUAAUAAGACUGGAGGAGUUUGUACACAGAACACACACUGAUCUGUCACACUUCUAUCAGACAUCAUGAUGAAGCUGUGGAUUUGUCUCCUGGUGGAAUUGUUCUCCAUGUUGGACUCAACACAUGGAUAUUACCAUGAGAGGCGAUCUCAGUGUAUUUACAGCUCCAGAGAUUUAAGUGACAUGGUUUACAUCGAUUCUUACAUUUUUAACAAGGUUGAGUACGCAUGGUUUAACAGUACAGUGGGAAAGUUUCAGGGCUACAGUCCAUAUGGGAUUUAUAAUGCAGAGUUAUGGAACAAUGAUACAGCCUUACUGCAAGGUGAGCGAGCUGAUGUGGAUAACUUCUGUAAACACAAUGCAGAGAUCUACUACACAGCUAUAACUGAUAAGUCAGUUCAGCCCCAGGUUGAAGUGAUGCAGGUGAAGAAAUCAGACGGCUCUCAUCCUGCAGUGUUGAUGUGCAGCGCUUACAACUUCUACCCAAAGAUCAUCAAAGUGACCUGGCUGAGGAACGGUAAGGAGGUUAAAGGAGGUCAGACGUCCACUGAGGAGAUGGCUGAUGGAGACUGGUACUAUCAGAUCCACUCACACCUGGAGUACACACCUGAGUCUGGAGAGGAGAUCUCCUGUGUGGUGGAACACGCCAGCUUCAAAAAACCCAUGAGCUAUAAAUGGGACCCGUCCACUUCUGCACCUGAUAAGAGUAAGAUUGCUAUCGGAGCGUCAGGGCUGGUGCUGGGGGUCGUGAUUUCAGCUGCUGGAUUCAUCUACUACAAGAAGAAAUCCUCAGGACCUUAUUAAGGCCUCCGGAUUGAUGACACUUUAAAAGGAAUAAACUUUUAUUUUUCAUUCUAUUUCUGGAAUCUGAAAUCUUCACUAUGGACUUUAUCUGUGUUUUAUAUUAAACAAACCGUGCUGUAAGGAAUCAGUCAGAUCAGUGACAUGUUUGUACAUCUAUUAAAGCUGAAGAUAAUUCUUUUACUUUUCUUUAUAUAGAAUUUCUACAUUUUCUUUCUUCAUUAUCGUAUCGAGAUCAAUGUUUUCUGUUCAUUUUUAAAUAGAAAGUGUUUUAUCUUUUCUGCAAACAGAAAUCCUGUUUUUAUUUCAGAUGAUCAAAUUCACACAGACUGGAUAAUAAAACUGCUUUGAAUUAGA